CGAGGUUGGUGAAAGUCACCCUAAAGCGGGCAUUCCGGAUAUAGUGGAGAUCAAGAAAACCGGCAGAGGAAAAAUUAUGAUAACUGUUAUGACUGCCACAGGUGCUAAUAGACUAGUUGAAAAUUCAAUUUUUGCCAAACACAACCUUAAAGCAUUUAUCCCUGCUUUUAAAGUUCUUCGAACAGGGCUGAUCCAGGAUGUUCCUCAACAAUUUGAUUUGGAUACAAUCAAAGAAGGUCUUGAGUCUCCCAGAGCUAAAAUAUUAAACAUCCAAAGACUAAACAGAAAAAUCACCAUCGACAACAAAACAAAAUACGUUCCAUCCAGGACCAUUAGGAUUAAAUUCGCCGGACAGAUUUUGCCAAAGGAGGUGCAGCGGGUCUUGACAGGGAAUUGCAAUCCUAUGCAGACGCAACUAGAACACAAAGACAACCUCAACCUCCCAGGAAUUCACGUGCCGCUCCAAGGAAAGGAGCUUUUCCAGAGGAAUUUGUACGUUCGUCUAAUCGGCACAGGAGCCAUCUCAACCCUCAUCAACAGAGAUAUGACGAAAUAG